AUGCGUAGGGGAAGGGUAUGGACGAGUGUGACUUCAAACUUCUCUCACAUGAGCAUGUUUCAUCUCGGCGCAAACAUGUAUCUUUUGAACAGGUUUGGCCCAGAUGUCGCUGACGUCUUGGGUGCCCAUCGCUUUUAUAUUUUCUACGGAACCUCAGGGAUUGCUUCUUCACUCGCAAGCCUCACCUUUCGGAGAGUCACAAAAAGCAAUGUGCUGAGCCUUGGGGCAAGUGGAGCCGUCGUAUCGGUCCUCUGGUUGUAUGCAUGCUUCUUUCCAGACAGACGAAUGUCUUUUUUUGGCACAGACAAGACUUUAACAAUGCAAGAGCUCGUUAUUGCAUACACCGUCAUCGAUGCAGCGGGCUUGCUUGGAUCUCUGGGGAAAAUUGAUUUUGCGGCUCACCUUGGUGGCGCCUUUUUUGCUAACUUUUGGUUUUACCUCCUCAGGGACAAACUCGUGCGCGAACAGGCUGCGGGUCGCCGAAGCAAGAGUGGCCACCUUUUCCAAAAUAUUUUGAAAGCUGACGGAGGGCAUUCAAAACAUGACUAAGAAGACUGUUUUCGGUCGCAUGUCAUGCUCUUUCAUGGCCGUUUUUUAAACUCUGUAUUUAUUGCAGAUCAUGGAUACUACCUCAGAGUUGUUUCACCUUUCAUCAAAAUGUCAAGAAACGCUGUGUGUAAAUGCCAAGGCCAACGGCACCAAACCACGGAGGAAUGGAUAAAUGCUUUCCGCUCUGCCUUUCUGACUGAGGCAGACUACAACCAAAUCGUUCCCCUUCGAGGAAGCAUUACACUGCCAGAAAGCAAGAAUGGUCCGAACGCCUUCGCACAAGUCAUUUCCAGACAAAGAGAGGGAUCCAAGCGCCCAAAGUGCGUUUGGUUUACUGAAUAACGCCAUUCCAACCACCAAAAUGGGAGGGCAGGUUCUCGCACGGCGAUUGAAGAGUCUUUCUGGAUAUAGCCGCUGUUCAAGUGAGGAUGGACCCCCGACGUUCCGACACAUGACGAGCUUCGGAAGUGCAACGGACUCCUGUCGUUCUAUCAAAUUUGCUGUUCGCACGCCUAGCUCGGAAAGCAGGCGAGAGCGUAACCCGCUUUACACGCACGAAACGCUGACGGAAAUGACUCGGGAAGCGCAUAAUGAGGACACAUGGGAGGGGAUCAGGCCGCCGUCACCCAGGCCUAACACGCCGAGACAGAGGUUCGUGGAACACAACAAGCAGCUCCACGUUUGGGAUGAUUGGGUGACUCUGAACUCAGCACGGGAUUCUGACUAUGCCGCAAUCAUGCCCCAGCGGUCUCCAUCAAAGGGCGCCUCAAGAUCUUUCCGGAGAAUCAUGGAGGGACAGGAUACUCUUGAAGACAUUGAUCCUUUGGAUGAGUAGAGGUAGUGCAGAUUUUGCUUAAAUCACGCAGCUGUAGUGAAAAA